AUGUCUCUCACAGAUCCUCAAAAACCUAAAAGCGAUUGUGAAACUCCGCUUAUCAAAGAAGAUGAGAAAAAAGAUGUGAGUUUAAAUUUUGAUUUCAACUGGCUGAAAAUUUUCUUUAAAUUUUGAAGCACACUCAAAAAAAUUCAGGGCUUAUAUUAGAAGAACUCCAUGGUUAUAGAGCUUGAAAAUUUAAAAAUGAAACGUGAAUCCCAAUUUUUUAUAUCAAAAACUAUUUGGUUUUCUAGGCCAGAAAUUUUUGUUUUCCUAGGCCAUAUUAAAACUUCGUAACGAUAAUAUUUUGAACUUUGGGGCUUAUUUGGAGACUGAGAUAGCCAGCUCAACUUGUAUGAAAUAAUUAUUUUCAGGAUAAUGGGAAUCCCAUGGAAAAUGGAAAUCAGACAAAUGACUUUCCUGGAUUGGAUCUUCACGAAAGUUCAGAACAAAAUGCUGGAUGUUUCAGCAUGAUAUUUUUCUGGUGAGUUAAUUUAACAUAUUCCCAAAGUACCAUAAAACAAUUGUCCAGGUACGUGUUUCAAUAUUUAUGGAGAACCAGAAGAAUGACAAAGGAUAAAGAUUUAUUGGAACAACCCAUCAACCGCUUUCAAGCAAAAAUUGCGUCGGAAGAAUUAGAAUUGUAAGUGGUUUUCUCUCUUUCAAAAAUAUAUCCAAAAAACACAUUUUUUCCAGAAUUUGGGAGCAAGUUAGGGCAAAUGGUGGAUCAUUCUUUUCCGCAGUUUUCAAAUCAAUUAAUCAUCGUUUCUAUUCUCUUGGAGUUCUUUUGUUACUCGAAGAAGCUGUUCAUUUGGCACAACCAAUUUAUAUGGGAAGACUUAUGGCAUAUUUUAGAACGGAUUCUGGUUUAACAGAGUAUGAUGCUUUUAUUGGUAAGUAUUAGGAAAAUGAUAGGCGUACUAUACUAUCUGAUAGUUACCAUAGCAUGAAUUUGAAAACUGGUUUUUUACUCUUAUGUUUUGUUCUAUGAUAUCACUAUCUAUCGGAGAAUGUUGAUCCCUGAUAGAAUUAUUUAAAAACCAAGAACCAAGAAAAAGUGGGAUAGUUGACACCUGAUUUUCAACUGUUCUUUGCAGCUGUUAUCAGAAAAAUUUGGAAAUUAGAAAAUGCAGUAGCGAACAAUAGAAUACAUACAUACUUUUUGCAAAAAUAUUUCUUUUAUUGAAAAAAUAAAUCAAUAAUACUGUUCCGAUGGGCAUACUGAAAAUCAAACAUCAACAAAUAUUGAUGAACUUCGAUGAACUUAUAAGUCAAUAUCUCACAAAAUGUAGGAAUUCAAUCAAGAUAGUCCUGAAAAAUUGACAUUCAAUUAAAUACAGUGAAAUUUGAGUACUCUAGAUGAUUUUGUGCUCAAAUUUACAUCUUUUCUGCAAGAGAAGAUUAUCUUCGAUCAUUUUCCCAUUUACAUUAGUCCUGGAUUAUCCCAGUUUAUCUAGUAGAUUUUAUUCUCAUGUUCUGAUCCAUAAGAGCUUAUCGGAGUCCAUUAAUGUUAUUACUAAUUCGAAGAUAGGAAAUCAAGUACAAUUUUAAAUGAAUUCAAUAGUUUUAGAGUGUACUGAAAGUAAUGUCAAAAUUUUUCAAAUAUUGAAAAUAAUACUUUUUUUUCAGCGGCUCUUGGUGUAUCAGUAUCAUCUCUCAUCUCACCCAUUAUCCAUCAUCCAUAUUUUCAUGGUCUUUUAAAAUUGGGAACAGCAAUGAGAAGUGCAACAUCUGGAAUGUUAUUCAAGAAAGGACUCACCUUAUCUUCAUCCUCGGUACAACAAACCAGCACCGGACAAUUGAUCAAUUUGCUCUCAACUGAUGUCAUCAAGUUUGAUUCGGUAAAUCAGAUUAUAAGAAGUUAGAAUAUAUUCAAAACGUUUUCCAGGCAUUCAUUUUUCUUCAUUACCUCUGGCUCUGCCCACUCAUUCUGGUUACAUAUGGUUAUGUUAUUUGGACGGAGAUUGGAGCUUCUUGCCUUGCCGGUUUUGCAGUUCAAUUCGUUUUAAUUUUUGUGCAAGGAAUGUUGUCUCGUCAAAUGGGAAUCAAUCGUGCUUUGAUCGCAGAACGAGCUGAUAACCGAUUGUCAGUGAUGAAUGAAAUUAUUUCGGGAAUUCGAGUUAUCAAGAUGUAUGCAUGGGAAAAAUCGUUUUCCGAUGUUGUUAAUGACUUGAGAAAGUAUGUUUUUUGAUAUGAUAUUUUUUUUUUGGAAUUAUCUGAAACUUUUUUUCUUCAACAUUAAAAUAUUUUGCAGCUUCGAGAUCGAAAAAAUCAAGCUUUCAUCAAUCUAUUCUGGAUGCGUCAUGGGUGUUUUCUUCACAUCUGGCAAAGUUGCCUUGCUUGCCGCUUUGUUGGUUUAUGUCUAUUUAGAUGCAUCGAAAUUGACUGCAGAGAAGUUCCUCGUAGCUAGCGCACUAUAUAACUCUUGCCGAUUGCCAUUCUCAUUGUUCUUGCCACUUGCUCUUCACUUCUUAUUUGAAGUAAAAACAACAUGCACAAGAAUUGAAAACUUCUUGAAACUUCGUGAACAUUCGAAUACUACAAGUGAGGAAUCCAGAGAUACUGAUGAACGUGUUCUUGUGAAAGUUGAUAAAGCUGAUGAGCCAGAAUGGGUUAUUUCGAAGAAACAAACCAAUAAUCCAAUUAUUUCUUUGAAAAAUGUGACAACAAAAUGGACUGCUGAUACUGCUGAACAACAAAAUUGUGGAAUUCGAAAUGUUACAUUAGAAAUCAAAUCGGGAGAAUGUAUCGCAAUUGUUGGACAAGUUGGAUCUGGAAAAUCAACAAUGUUAUCUUCAAUUCUCGGAGAAGCAACAAUCACAAAAGGAAAACUUAAUGUUUCUGGAAAAAUCGCAUAUUGCAGUCAAGAAGCUUGGAUUCACUCUGGAACUGUUCGUGACAAUAUUCUUUUUGGAAGCGAAUAUUCUGAGAAACGAUAUGCAAAAGCUGUAGAAGUUUGUAAUCUUCUUCCGGAUUUCAAACAACUUGUUGAUGGUGAUAUGACACAAGUUGGGGAUAAAGGUUCAACACUUUCUGGUGGUCAACGUGCUCGUGUUUCAUUGGCUAGAGCUGUUUAUUCAGAUGCUCAUAUUUAUUUGCUUGAUGAUCCACUUUCUGCAGUUGAUGCCAAUGUUGGUCAAAAGUUGUACACUAGGUUAGUUUUGAGUAGAAUAUGGAAAAUUCAAAAAUUUAGAAGUUUUGGUCGUUCGAUUUGAAAAAUAUGAAAAUGCUAAUUCUGGUCUAAUUUACAUAGAAUUUCUGAAAAAUAGAGCUAGUUCCAAUAUUUUCUGAAAACCAACAUUUAAAUUAAUCAAAUAUUUACAAUAUCAUUAUUUCAGAGUUAUCCAAAAUCACUUGAAAGACAAACUUGUUGUUCUCGUUACUCAUCAAAUUCAAUAUUUGGAAAAUUUGCCAAAAGUAAUUUUGAUGAAUGAUGGAGCUGUUGUUGGAACUGGACAGAUUGCUCAAUUGAAGAAAGAUUUCAGCGAAUUAUUUGUUGAACUCGAAUUGGUUUGUGAUUUUUUUUCGAUUCUCGAUUUUCCAAAAACUAUGUUUUUUUCAGGAAAAUGAGACGAUAACUGAAGAACCGGCCAAAUUGACAGGAAGAUCGAUAUCGAGAACAUCGGGAAGAUUGAUGUCUGGUUUAAGCGAGCGAAGAACAAGUGCGACUAGUAAGAAUGACUUGUCUUCAUUGGGAUCUUUUGAAGUUUUGGAGAAACUUGUUGAAAAUGAUGCUACUAUUGAUGCCGAAUUAUCCGCAAAGUUUGACGAAGCUAGAUCAUCAGGAUCUGUUUCAUUCAGUAUUUAUUGGGAAUAUAUUAAAGAAAUGUCAAAGCCAAGAUCAAUGGGUGCCGCAUUGAUGUUGUUUGUUAUUGCAACUCAAUUGUUAUUCAACUUCUGUGAUUGGUGGUUGCAAAAAUGGUUGACUGCUGCUGAAAGAAAAGCAUCUCUUAUCAACAACGGAACAAUGGCAGAUGACGAAUUCCUGGAUACUUACAAUAUUUUUGGAUUUGAGUUCAAUAUUACAUUAGACAUCUAUCAACAUGCAUUCACAUUUUUGACAAUCUUGCUUUUGAUCUGCGGAGUUCUUCGUUGUGUUUGGUUUAGAAUUGCACAAAUUGGUGCUUCAAGACGCUUCCAUUCAAAUAUGUUCAAAGCAGUUGUUAAUACCGAUGCAGCAUUUUUCGAUACAAAUUCUGUUGGAAGAAUUUUGAAUCGUUUCUCAAAGGAUAUGUCACAAGUCGACAAUGAACUUUCAUUCGUUUUCUUCGAAUUCAUAAUGGGAAUGUUAUCAUUUGUUGGAAUGCUCACUGUUAUUAUUGUUAUGAACCCUCUAGUUCUUCUUCUCUCAACACCAAUCAUUGUUGGAUUUUGGGUUGUUAGACAAAUUUACAUUUCACGUUCCCGUGAUUUGAAAAGAAUUGAGGCAACUAGUAAGUUCUUUUUUUUGCGUGACUCAUUCUCUAUUCAAAAAAUUUACUUUUUUCAGCAAGAUCACCAAUGAACACGCAUGUCUCAGCCACUUUGAUGGGUCUUUCUACAAUCCGAGCAUAUGGAAAAGAAAAGGAGAUGUUGCAGGUUUUCUACAAAACUCAUGUACGUUUGAACAAUAUAUACUUCAAUACUCAUAAAAAUGUUCUGAAUUUUAUAGGAUAUGAAUUGUGCAGCCUUCAAUAUGUCACUUAUAACUUCAAGAUGGUUUGCAGUAUGCAUCGAUUUUUUGGUGGCUACUUUUAUCACUGUUGUUGCUUUUGUUUCUGUUUGGCAAUACAGUAAGGGUUUUUAUGGGGCUUAGAUCAAUGAGACUAAUUAAGAAAAGUUUUUUUGAACAAGAAGUCUUCGAACUAUACAUUUUUACAACACUAAAAUUUUGAUCCAAAUUCAUAUAUUUAUAUUAAAAUUUCAUGAUUUUCAUUUCAGAAAACUUGUCAUCUGGAGAGGUUGGUCUCAUGUUAUUGUAUGCCGUUCAAUUGACCGGAUUCUUUUCAUGGAUAAUGCGUCAAAGUGCAGAACUUCAAAAUGGGGUAAGUGUGCUCAUCAUCCCUAGUUUUGAUUGAAUAGAAGAAAAUGAGUUUUUGCAAAUUCCAACAAUUAAAUGUUGUUAGUUGAGUGCUCAAAUAACUAACUAUUGUUGUUUUUGAAAUACGGCGCACACACACUACGACUAUGUUUACCGCCACCAACAUAACACGAUAAAAAACACACGCACACUAAGCCAAUAAGAAGUUGGGGCUUUUUCGAGUCUAUUCAUUCAGAAAGCCGAAUAGAUAAUGUUGUUUCUUUGCAGAUGGUCUCGGUCGAGCGAAUCAUCGAAUACACCAAAUUGAAAUCGGAGCACGAAAUGCGUAGAACAAAAAUCGAAAAGUAUAAAGAUGAGGAAUUGGGCAAACGAUGGCCAUCGCAAGGUGCAAUUCAGUUCAAUGAUGUCAAUGUUUAUUAUGGAGAAGAGAAAGUGUUGAACGAUUUGUCAUUUGAAAUUAUGCCCAGACAAAAGGUACGGGAGUUUUUAGAGUGGGAAGGAAUUAGAGAAGAGAGGAGAGGGUUCAGAAAUUGUUUUAAUCGACAUUGAAUUUAUUGCCAAAAAUCAAUUAUCGUUUUCCCAGGUUCCCUCGUGAGAUCAUUUUAGGGAAAAAAAAACAAAUUCUAUUUCUGAUUGAAAUUCGAUACAGUUUUAUUUACUUAAUAAGAUUUGGUGUUCGUACAAAGAUCAUUUUUUAUAUUCUAAUGCUUUUGUUAUAGAUCGGAAUCGCUGGUCGCACCGGUGCUGGAAAAUCAACACUUCUUCGCGUUCUUUUUGGGCUCAAAGAGCAAAAAACAGGAAAUAUCAUUAUUGACGAUGUAGAUGUCGAUCAAAUUAGUCUUCAAUAUCGUCGAAAAGGAAUGGCAAUUAUCCCACAGGUUUGUUAUGCUUUUUGUGUUUGUAGCUUGCCUAUUUUGGUUGCGGCGUUCUUUUCGCACCCUCAAGUAUUUUGUCAAAUAGGCUAAACAUAUGUCAAACUCGAGUGGGCAUUGUUUGAAGUUUGAACCUUUACAGGAACCAGUGUUGUUUAUUGGAACACUUCGUCGCAAUUUGGAUCCGUUUGAUGAAUAUAACGACGACGUUUUGUGGAACGCUUUGGAACAAUGUGAAUUGAAAGAUUUGAUUAAAGAUAUGGGUGGAUUGAGUGCACCAAUGCAAGAGGGUGGAAGCAAUUUCUCGGUUGGACAAAGACAAUUAGUUUGUUUGGCAAGAGCACUUAUCCAUCAUGCGAUGAUUUUGGUUAUCGAUGAGGCAACUGCAAAUGUUGAUGGAAGGUAAGACUGAAGAAAACUGAAAAUUUGAAAAACAUUGGAAAAUGCUAAAUCAGUGUUUGAUUGAAACUUACAUUAGAUUGAAGAACGUUUUCUAGAUCUGUUUAGAAUUAUCAAUAUUUGAAUCUUAAGACGUAUACAAGAAAAAUCAGAAAAACAUCCUUUCUUUAAAUGUUUCACAAUAAACUUUAUUAUUUCAGAACUGAUGCCAUCAUCCAAAAAACCAUCCGCACUCAAUUUGCAAAAUCUACGGUUCUCACAAUUGCUCACAGACUCAACACAAUUAUGGAGAGCGAUAAAAUCAUGGUGUUUGAAAAUGGAAUUCUAGUCGAAUUCGACAAUCCAAGAAACCUUAUGCAUAACACCGAUUCGCAUCUCUGGGGUCUGGCAAUUCAAUCGGGUAAAGAAAAUGCGAUGGCGUUAAGAAAAAUGACAAAUGCUCCAUAUCUCAGAAAAUGA